AUGGUGGCCUCCGAAAAAGACAUCGCGCCAAAUGAUGAGGAACUACACAGCGCGGGUUCUUUCAACUCGCCCCUUGCUGGCCCCUCCAAAGUCAAAUUCUACCGUUCGACGUUCUUCAAUGCCUUUAUCCUCGGUCUGUGCAACUUCCUCGCCCCCGGUAUUUGGGGUGCCAUGAACUCCUUAGGUGGAGGAGGCGAAGAAAAGCCCUAUCUCGUGAACGCAGCGAACGCCCUGACUUUCGGACUCAUGGUAGUAUCUUGCUUCCUAGGAAGUGUCGUCGUGCGUUUUAUUGGAAUCAAAUGGACUCUUAUCGUGGGAACAAUGGGAUAUGCACCCUACGCCGCGGGGUUAUACACAAACAAUCGAUUCGGCAACGAAUGGUUGGUUCUCUUGGGUGCUGCCCUCUGUGGUAUCUCUGCGGGCAUCUUUUGGAUGGCGGAAGCAGCCAUCGCCCUAUCUUACCCGGAACCAUAUAAUCAAGGCCGCUUCUUGGGUUUUUGGCUCAGUUUCCGCGUUGGAGGGCAGAUACUAGGCGGUAUCAUCAACUUGGGGAUCAAUGCCAACCGGUCCACAUCAGGCUCGGUUUCAUACACUGUUUACCUUAUUUUCAUUGCUCUGCAGGCCCUUGGCCCCUUUGCAGGGUUGCUGUUGAGCAACCCGUCUCAAGUCCAGCGUAAAGAUGGCGUCGCUGUUAAACUCGAGGUGACGAAUAGCAUUGGUUAUGAGCUGAAGAGCAUGUCGAAGCUUUGGAUCAGUCGGAAGUUCCUACUUAUCAUUCCAUUUAUUUGCCAAGCCGUUUACACCGAGGCCGUGAUGUUCUCUUACGAGGGAUUGUGGUUCUCAGUGCGCGCAAGAGCACUCGGAUCGUUUCUUUCCGGUGUGAUUGCUCUAAUCAUCGGCAAUCUUCUGGGGGCCUUCCUCGACUCCAAGCGUAUAUCUCUGAAGAAGAGAGCCAGAUAUGCGUUCUUUUUCGUGGUCGGUUGGCAAGGCAUGUGUUGGAUCUGGGCAUCGGUAGUAACGACAGAGUUCAACAAGACGAAACCGACCUACGAUUGGACCGACCCAGGCUUUGGAAGAGCCUUCGUGCUCUUCUUGUUCUGGGUUGCCGGAUUCCAACUCAACUACAUGUACUUGUUCUUCUUGGUGGGUAAUCUUGCAGACGAUCAAGAGGAAGUGGUGAGAAUUGCAGGCUUGUUGCGUGGAACAGAAUCGGCAGCUCAAUGUGUGAGCUACGGUUUGAGCAGCGUGAGCAUCAUGGCAGCCGUAGGUAGUAUCUACCUCAACUUUGGCUUGUGGGCCGUCGCGAUCCUCCCUGCCUGGCUUAUUGUCAAGCAAGUUGGAGAAGCAUUCGGAGAUAAAAAGAUGGAAAGAGAAGCUCUUGGGUUGCGCGAGGCCUCAGAUCAAGACUGA